GGCCUCGAGUGGUGUUUCUUCCAGCCUGCAGGGACAGAGGGAUCAAGGCUCACCUCAGGCCUUCCUAGCUGCCUGCUGUCCAGCUGAGAAGUCAGGCCCUCAGCCUGAGCCACAGAUGGGUCCAGGGGCUUAGAUACUCUGUGCUGAGCUUGACCUAUAAGGCCAGUGGGAGUGGGGCUCUGUAGGCCUAUCAGAGCUCACUUCCUGUUCUCUACCAAUCAGGAGCAAGAAGGAAGGGGACUUAGUUACCCUUGGCCUGGGUUGUGGCCCUAAGGGCAACCUCAGGCUGAUGUGUAUAGAAAGUGCAUGAGGGCAGCCCAAGGUGAGGUGUCCAGGACGAGAUGUCCUGUCUCCAGGCUCUUCCCCUCCCCCAAAACCCUUGCAGUGCUCAUCAGGGACCAAGGUCCAACUGUAACACUGACAGUCCCCAUGGAACCCAGAGACUGGACACCUCCCUUCCCUCCCUCCGUGCUCCCCAGAUAUAGGGAGCCUGGCAUAGGUACCCAGGAGAAGGAGAUAUGUCCACUUGCUUAAGUAAAGAUAGUGUGUGUGUGUGUCAGGUGGGAGAGGGCUAGGCCUCAGCUGCCCCUUGCUAGGGUCAGGCUCCAGUAGUCCCUGGCCCUGUUCUUAAUAGACCCGGUUGUUGAAUGCUCUCUUCUCCUCUUUUCCAGUGUGUCAGAUCUUGAGCCAUCCGUCUGUCCCUACUCCCCAAGUGGGUCUCCUGCUCCCUCACUGGGACAUUAGGCGGCACUGGGCCUCGCCCCAAGCCCCGCCUGCCGCCUUACCACCUCCCUCUGCCUCCCUGGGGCAGAUCUGUGCCCAGACUGGUGGGGCGGGGCCCAGGGUGCUGCAGCUCCUUCAGUCCUUUCUGCCCCUUUCGGUAGGACCAGAAGGCUGUGGUGCAGAGGGUGGUGUCUUACCUCAGCAGACUUCCCCAUUCCCAGCCCUGAUUCCACGUCUGAACCGUUCUACUUCCUGAGCCAGUAUCCUGCCUGGUCUGAGCAGUCAUGACCUCAAGAGCGAAUGAUCAAAGCCAGGCUUCAAGGAAUGGACUGAAAGGGAAGGUGUUAACUCUGGAUACCAUGAACCCGUGUGUGCGGAGGGUGGAGUAUGCCGUUCGAGGACCCAUAGUGCAUCGCGCCUUGGAGCUGGAGCAGGAGCUGCGUCAGGGUGUGAAGAAGCCCUUUACUGAAGUCAUCCGUGCCAACAUUGGCGAUGCACAGGCCAUGGGGCAAAGACCCAUUACCUUCUUCCGCCAGGUCCUGGCCCUUUGUGUCUACCCCAAACUUAUGAGCAGUCCCGACUUCCCAGAGGAUGUCAAGAGAAGGGCAGAACGCAUCUUGCAGGCAUGCGGGGGCCAGAGCCUGGGUGCCUAUACCAUUAGCUCUGGCAUCCAGCUGAUCCGGGAAGAUGUGGCACAGUACAUUGAGAGGCGAGAUGGAGGCAUCCCUGCAGACCCAAACAACAUAUUUCUGUCCACUGGGGCCAGCGACGCCAUUGUGACAGUGCUCAAGCUGCUGGUGGCCGGUGAAGGCCGCGCGCGCACAGGUGUGCUCAUUCCCAUUCCUCAGUACCCACUGUACUCGGCUGCUCUGGCUGAGCUGGACGCCGUGCAGGUGGACUACUACCUGGACGAAGAGCGUGCCUGGUCUCUAGACAUCGCGGAGCUGCGGCGCGCUCUGUGCCAGGCACGUGACCGCUGCUGCCCUCGCGUUCUGUGCGUCAUCAACCCUGGCAACCCGACUGGGCAGGUGCAGACCCGUGAAUGCAUCGAGGCUGUGAUCCGCUUUGCUUUCGAAGAGGGACUCUUCCUGAUGGCUGAUGAGGUAUACCAGGACAACGUAUACGCCGAGGGCUCUCAGUUCCAUUCAUUCAAGAAGGUGCUCACGGAGAUGGGGCCGCCGUACGCGACGCAGCAGGAGCUUGCUUCCUUCCACUCGGUCUCUAAGGGCUACAUGGGCGAGUGCGUGCAGGCGCAGGCGGUGGUAGUGGUGAAACCGGAACUAGUAGAGAACUUUUGGGACCACUGCCAUGGCUCAGCAGCUCAACACCCUCUUCCCAGACCAGCCUCAACCUGUGCUCUCCCCGGCAGGUGCGGGUUCCGUGGUGGCUAUGUGGAAGUGGUAAACAUGGAUGCCGAGGUGCAGAAACAGAUGGCCAAACUGAUGAGUGUACGGCUGUGCCCACCAGUGCCAGGCCAGGCCCUGCUGGACAUGGUGGUCAGUCCACCAGCACCCUCUGAGCCGUCCUUCAAGCAGUUUCAAGCAGAGAGGCAGGAGGUGCUGGCUGAGCUGGCAGCCAAGGCUAAACUCACCGAGCAGGUCUUCAACGAGGCCCCCGGGAUCCGCUGCAACCCAGUGCAGGGCGCAAUGUACUCCUUCCCUCGAGUGCAGCUGCCCCCGCGGGCAGUGCAGCGUGCUCAGGAACUGGGCCUGGCCCCUGACAUGUUCUUCUGCCUGUGCCUCCUGGAGGAGACUGGCAUCUGUGUGGUCCCUGGAAGUGGCUUUGGGCAACAGGAAGGCACUUAUCACUUCCGGAUGACCAUUCUGCCCCCCAUUGAGAAGCUGCGGCUGCUGUUGGAAAAACUGAGGCAUUUCCAUGCUAAGUUCACCAAGGAGUAUUCCUAGGUCACACUGGACGGCCUGUGACUGAAUUAACUGAGGGUCCUUGGGAGCCUUCACUAUUUGCUGCUUUUGCCUAGGGUCUGGGUACCUGUCCCUGCGGGUCCCUAAUAAAGCUGGGUGUCAGCCCAACUUGAAGUGGC